AUGAAAAGGAAAGGAGGUAUGCAAUCGCAAUCAGCCCCCGUCAGCGCGAUUGCAGCCCGGAGGUCACGACAAAAAUUGGUCGCAGCUUCGCAAACUUCAACAACGGAUGUUGAAUCGUUUGUAAACGAAGAACCUCCAUUGAAGAAAACAAAAACUAGCGCUUCGGAAAGGUCGUCUAGCGGUAAUUCCAAAAAUCGUCAAUCCCUGCACGGAGGAGAGAGCGCUGAGGCUCCUGCUUCAACGAAGGUGACAUCCAAGGCGAAGCGCUCAGAUGAGCCCCACGCCGUGGGUACUAGCAAUGAAUAUCAAAGCGACAUUAGUGAUGAAUACGAUGGUGUCGAGACGGAAGGCACUAAUGGUGAAAUAGAGUGUGGUCGACCUUUCGCCAAUGAUCCAGUAGACUUCCAGAGUUUCCUGUUGUCGAAAAGUCGCAUCGGUAGGAAAGAUGUAGUUUACCGUACGGACAACGCGAUUUGCAUUCGGUUGAAGUUAAAAACGAGGAAGAACGUGGGACUCAUCGGUCAAUAUGACCUAUGGGUUAAACGAGGUGUUGUCAGCAUAAUGGGGGCAAAAUUGCCUCCGAGCCCUCAUCUCUACAGAAUCUAUGCGCCGUCGACGCAUUCACUCCCUGUCAUAAAAUGCGUUUCGGGCAUUGAGGGCUAUGCGGAGGUUGAGAUCAGGUCUUGCAACAAUGGGCUUAGCCGCUUAAGAAACCUGUCAAACCUAUAUCAUCGGAUAUGGAAUACCAAGGAGCCAGCUCCGGGUUCCAUUUUACAGCCCGGCCGAUGUUUAUCAUUCUCAAUCCUUCACUCGUCUUCUGACGAUCCCUUAAAAAGGCAUCUACGCCCACUACAUCUUGAUAAGAAAUGGAGCGCGUCUAUUCAUAGCCUGUCUCAACGAGGAGGCUUUCUUCGAGUAUUAACUUGUGGCCCGAAAGGAUCUGGAAAAUCCACCUUCAAUAAAUACCUUCUUAACCACCUCCUGAGCCCUCCUCCGUCGGAGGAUAACUUGCAACACAACCAGCAUGGGGUUGCUUUCCUGGAUUUAGAUCCUGGGCAACCUGAGCUGUCUCCGAUGGGUCAAAUAUACCUUGCCCACUUGCGAACACCACUUCUAGGACCGCCGUUUUCUCAUCCAACCCUUAAUUCUCAAUCAGAUGGACAUAUUGUUAGAUCCCAUUAUAUUGGAGCUUCUUCACCAAAGGAUGACCCUGACCACUACAUCGCGACCGCAAUGGAUCUGAUGAAUCGUUAUCAAGAGCUUCUCCAGAGCUAUCCCCAAUGCCCCCUUAUCAUAAACUACCCUGGUUGGAUCUUUGGGCUUGGCCUCGAGAUUGCCAUAUCUUUGGUCACAUCAUUGGGCCUCACUGAUGUAGUAUAUAUGAGUGACAAAGGACCAGCUGAGGUCGUGGAACCGCUAACCGCCGCGGCCUCGGAGGCUGGCAUCCCCGUGGCCAUUCUUCCAUCUCAACCCACAGAUUUUGUGUCUCGAUCCAGUGCCCAGCUACGGUCUAUGCAGAUGCUUUCUUACUUCCAUUUCAUCCAGCAUCAAGGCAAAAAUGGGGUUUGGUCUGACAUUCCGCUCUGUCAAACUCGCCCUGUAACUGUCAAGUACUCUGGAGCCUCACGGGGGAUAUUUGGAAUAAUGGUGACGGGGUCACACCAUGACCCGGACAUGCUACGUGACCUAUUGGAUGGAGCGGUCGUGGGGGUAGUUGCAAUUGAAAACCUAAAUGCAAUCGCCAGUAUCGACGGUAGGAACGAUAAAACCAUUGGGGUGCCCCAUUUCGAUUCCGACGGCGACUUGCAAAUGGAGCCAGGUGUCACACUAAACGAAAACCAAUCACCAUCGCUACCCUCGUCACCAUCACACCCAUCACCAGAUGACGACAAGCAUCCUAACAUCACUUACACCCCACGCGAGAACCUCCCUUACCUAUUCGCAGGCAACGGCGCAUGUUACCCCCUUGACCCCAACCUGUCACACUGCCUGGGCCAGGCAAUUAUCCGAUCCAUCAAUGCCGAAACACAAACCGUAGACAUCUACACCCCCAUCCCACACUAUAAUAUACGCGAGGCACUGGAGCAAGGCAACCGCCUCGUCCUCGUUCGAGGGCAGGUGGACAAUCCCAACUGGGCAAUCAGCGAAGAGUACUUUUCCGCGCGAGCUGCGGAGCGCCGGCAUCGAAGGCUGAUCGCACAAGCGAAGGCGAGCGGAGUCACAUCUGAUGCAGCAGCGCGUAGGGAGCAAACUAUGGUGUCAGAGCGGCUGCGGGAGCGGGUACGGAGGGCAGGUAACGUGCCGUGGAUGAGGCUGGAUGAGGGUUCUGGGGAUGCAAAGGAGCAUGACAUCAGGCAGAUAUGGAGACUACGCAAAAAGGCAUAUCCUGCAGACUCGGGAAGUGGCAGCGACAGGGAGUGGUAAUAUCUGUGUUGCACUACAUCGUGUUUUGCAGUACGUUGUCUACAGAUUAGUGCUAGGUAUUUCGUGGGGGGGGGGGAUGAUUAAUGUUUUCUCCUUCGACGUCUAACACUUGUCCCGAUUGAGAUUAAUAUGGCGAAAUGCAUCUUUAAAAGAAUCUGCAUUAUAACCCCUCUCGAGCAUGCUCAAGCAUGAGACUCGACUAACAAUUAAGGGGGCGGUCUAUUGUGAUUUUGACCUGCAUAGGUGAAACUGUAGAGGGCCGUUGAACCAAAUCUGCCAUGUUGUUAAGGGGGUAUCAACAAAGCAUGAUAUAUGUAUAUAU